UUGGAAAUAUGAAAGCUCAAAACGGGUAAAUACUUACAAAUCGGAGUUAAGUUUAAUAUAAAUACUUUAGAACCACUGAGUAUUCGUAUCAGUUCAAUUGCAGCUUUAACAUAUUUUAAAACAAAAACUUUACUUUACAAUGAAAAGCAUAGCUAUCAUUGCUUUCUGCAUUUCCGCAGUCGUAUCUCUACCUUUGGAUGUCAUUGAAGAUGAAAGUGGACAAGAGUAUGUUUUAGUUCCAGUCCAUAGAGAAAGAAGAGACCUAACCUGGGGCGCCAACCAAAAUGGAUACAGUCUUGGCCAAAAAGGAAAUAUCUGGGAAAAUGGUGCCCACAAAUUUGACGGUGCUUACAGUGGUUCAAAAGCUUGGGAUUCCCAUGGACUAAAACCAGAUUCUUUUGGAGGUCGUGUAGAAUACACUAACAAGCCAACAAAAACUACUGCUUUUGUAGGCGCAGACAGAACGCCUGGGUAUGGUACUGAUCUCAAUGCUGGAGUUAAAUACAACUUUGUUCAAGAUAAAAAACUUAACAUAGAUUUAACAGGACAAGUAAGUCAGCACCAAGGCGGACCCUUUGGAAAUACAAAACCUGAAGCAGGAGUAUAUUUAAAUUUUAAUGCUAGACCUUAAAUCAAAAUAAAGACUGUACAUUUUUUUAAAUAAAUUAUUUUUGUUAAA